AUGCGUCUUUUGCACGUGGAAAAGCUGAAUUUUCAGGUGUUUUAUCCACCAAACAUCCCUAAAUAUGCUAUCGCUUCACACAGAUGGCGGGCAGAGCUCGAGGCGAUGCUGGCUGACGUACAGGAAAAGAAGGAUUUCAACGGCUAUGGUUUUCAGAAGGUCAAAGGAUUUGCGGACUAUGUGAAAACUCACAUCCCUGACUUAGAGUGGGUCUGGAUUGAUACCUGCUGCAUAGAUCAGAAGAGCAGUUCAGAAUUGACAGAGGCUAUUAAUUCGAUGUUCCGCUGGUAUCGCGAAGCUGAAGUCUGCCUUGCAUACUUGCAGGACAUUCCUUCAGUGAACGACCAUUCUCUCUUCGAAGCGAGUGACUGGUUUCGGCGAGGUUGGACCUUACAAGAAUUGCUGGCACCGACCAUUGUAAUCUUCCUUACACAGGACUGGCAGAUUAUUGGGCACAAAGGAUCGAGCGAAACAGGGCGACAAGGGACUCCUCUGCAAAUUGGCUCAUCGUUGAACAACCGCAUCGCUGCCAUCACUCAGAUAUCGGAGAACAUACUACAGGACUAUAGCAACAGCCAUGCUAUGAGCAUCGAUGAACGGAUGCAGUGGAUGGUAGGUCGACAGACGACACGCGAGGAAGAUCUUUCAUAUUGCCUCCUAGGCAUCUUAGAUGUUCGGAUGACCAUUCGAUACGGGGAUGGCAAAGAGGCG